UCUCCCCAACUACCGUCUCUGAUCGCAAACUGCCUUCAUUCACUGAGGGCGGCGACUGGGGUUAUGGACCGGUAUUACCCCCCGUAUGUGCUGUCUGCUCUCUUCAUGGUGCUAUGGACAGUAACUGGGAGUACAGUGCGUCUGUUGCAGACUCAUCAAAGUCCCGCAUCACAGAGAACGUGAUGUAUCAAACACUGAGAGCUCAGGCGAUGACCGGAAGUGAGGAACGACUCUGGUGACUCUUAAUUACGACAAUUACUCCAGCUACUCGGCAGUAGAGCAGUGCCGGUGUGAGCCGUGGACGGCGAGUUAGAGCGACAGCAGCACAUGGCAUACCAACACGGAUCUGUUUCAAAUGGGAUAAUCGCGUCAUCCGAAGCCCGAGACUAGUGUGAAGCUCUGUCACUAUGUGUCCCAGUGUGUGGAUGGCCUAUCUGCAACAGAUGUGUGCAACGCGUAUUACCCACAGAGCAGCUCUGCAGGGGGCGCCCGUCACACAACUGUCAACCCAUGGAGACCACUAGAAGGUAUCAACCAAUCACAUUAACCGGAAGUCACGUGGUAUGAAGCAGUCUUGAUGAGCACGUGCUGUGUUGUAGCGUACAAUGCCAGAACUAAGAGGGUUGCCAGGAUGCCUCACGUGGUGUGUGCUGCUGAUCACGUGUUCAAAGGGAGAGAACCCUGUGGUGACCACCUCUCUUGGGCCAGUCCGUGGCAACAGGACAACGGUUUUGAACUCCACUGUGGACAUCUACUAUGGCAUCCCAUAUGCAGCACCACCUGUUGGUGACCUCCGAUUCCGUCGCCCCGUGCCUCACGAGCCGUGGAACUCAACACGUGACGCGUUAGACAUGCCCAACUCAUGUCAUCAGAUUAUCGACGAGAUGUUCGACAAGUUUGAAGGAGUGGACAUGUGGAACCCCAACACAAACAUGAGCGAAGACUGCUUAUACCUGAACGUGUGGGUCCCGAGGGGUGGGACCCCGAACAAAGCAAUCCUGCUGUGGAUAUAUGGGGGAACGUUUGCUUUGGGAACGUCGACGCUACGGGUGUACGACGGCAAAUAUAUGGCCGCUGCAAAUGACGUCAUCGUUGUGUCCAUCAACUACCGGAUAGGCACCCUUGGUUUCCUUAGUUACGGUGAUGAUCCCUUUACUUCCGGGGAGGACGCUCCUGGCAACGCUGGUCUUUUAGAUCAACUAAUGGCAAUGAAAUGGGUAAAAAAUAACGCUGAACAUUUUGGCGGGGAUGCCAAUAGGAUUACCAUAUUUGGAGAGAGUGCCGGCGCAGUGAGCGUAUCCAUGCAUUUGUUGUCACCCCUGUCACGUGACUUGUUUAACAACGCAAUGAUGCAAAGUGCAAGCGCGUUGUGUUAUUGGGGGAUGCAUACCCGACAGAUGGCGAAUGAUAGGACUAGAGCACUAGCCCAAAGGUUUAACUGUACAACAAUGGAUGAGACGGAAAUGAUGGAAUGCUUGAGAAGCGCAGACCCACAACAGUUAUCAGUACAAGCGUGGAAUAUUGUAGACUUUUAUUUCGACGCCCCUUUCGCUCCGGUAGUGGACACAUAUUUUCUUCCUGACAUUCCAGAGAAGCUGAUAGAGCGGGGUGAAGUGAAGAACACCAGUAUUUUAUUAGGUGUGAACAAGGACGAAGGGAACUACUUCUUGUUGUAUGGCAUCGCAGGGAAAUUCAAGCUUAACAAUCCUAAUCCUCUUGACAGGGACGAGUUCUUGGAUGUAGUGCGGACUGUUGUUGCCCCAAGCAACGAUAAGACAAAGAAGGCUGUUGCUGUUGAGUAUGAAGAGGCUGAGCUGCCUGUAGACAGAGACACCUAUCGGGUGAUUGCUGACGACAUCAGCGGUGACAGGGCCUUCAAGUGCCCCACCAUCGACUUCGCCAGGGAUAUGUCGAGAAUAAACAAGGAUAUCUUCCUUUACUCCUUCGAACAUCGCGUGUCUACCAACCCAUGGCCAAAGUGGGCUGGCGUCAUGCAUGGGUAUGAAAUCGAGGUUGUCUUUGGACUUCCGCUGGAGAACGGAAGUAGAUACAGUAGCGAGGAAGUGGACUUGAGUCGACGUGUGAUGAAGAUGUGGACAAACUUCGCUAAAUAUAGCAACCCGAAUGAUCCAAACUCCAACGACUGGCCUCGGUUUAACAUUCAGUCCCAGCAAUUUGUGUACCUGAAUGUCUCCAAAUCCGUGACGUCAGGCAGAGGAUUACGUCACAAACAGUGUACAUUUUGGCGUGAGAUUGUGCCGCUCCUAGCUGAUACACCAUCCCCACCGUCAGCAACGACAAGAUGCGUCAACACAAGCCACUCCGUCUUCCCCAACUACACCGUUCUUUUCAUCACUGGGGCCUUCAUCAUCGGAGGACAUCUAAAGCAGUUCUGCGCAUGACCAGCACUCCGUUGCUAGGAGAAGAGUAUAAUUACAAUCACUGUUGGGAGUUACGCGCACUUGGUUGCUAGGAUACACUGUUAUCAACACGCCCCUGGAGCAACUCCCGCGUUGUCGUUAAUGAACCGAAUUAUUCCUUCAAUGGUGUAACACCUUUCCAGGAAUAUGGUAUCUGUAUGCAACAUUGUGAGUUGCUAGGAUACAGGACGUCGGAAUGACCAAAUACGUAUAGGUAGGACGCAUAAAACUGAUGCUAACCCAGCUUAAUAAGAUUGCCAUGGCAACGUCGUUGACAUUUUAUAGUAAUCCGAGAGGGAAGCGGUCAUGGUCCGAUGUUUAUUUCACUUGACCCUUGAACUAUUGACCUUUUUCACCUUUGCAAACGAGCGUUGACUGAAGGGGAACCGCAGUCAAAAUAUGUUCGCUGCUUCACGCCUUUGGGAUGUUGUGUUUUAAGAAUGUGGAAUGAAAAGGGGACAUCACUCUCAGGUUAAUUCGGAACAAACAUGAGAUUCCAGCAGCGCUGCCGAAAAGGUGUCGCUCUUACCUCAAGGCUCAGCGGUGCAGCGGAGCUUGGCCUAGCGUAUUAGUGAAUGUCUAGAGAGAUACAUAUGCAGCCCUACAUGUACUGAGUUUCAAUUUUCAGAGACGGAUUAACUGUGUAUAUUUCACAUAUGAUAAAUGUUUUUUCACUUGUAACCAUGGUAACUAGGAUGUCACUGCACGUGUUGCUGUCGUGUGAAGAAUCUUAGCGUCAUCACAGAACAUCGAUUGUAUCUCCAAGCAAUACUGAUACUGUGUUUUAUGCCAAAUUGUUUGGUGACGUCAUAAUGACAUAACAAUGACGUCAUGUUUUACAUUUUCUUAUCACAUGACAACGAUAGAGCAAUAUGCAUAAUAACCCUUUGUAUAUACGGUGUAUAUGUUCUUUUCACCGCGCACUGCCAUGUAUAUAUCACCAUGACAACCUCACAGGAUAGUGAAUAACAAAUGCCGAUAUCACUGAAACCAAUGCUCUUUAUAAAGCUUUCAGAUGAAACUGUCAUCUUCCUGUUUCAUUUGCUCUUUUGACACUUUGUACUAAAUGUGAUUUUUUCGUUCGCAAUUCGACAUCUGGUCUGUAAAUGCUGACGAAGAAUUAUUUACAAAAAAGCUGUUUCAGGAAUAUCAAGUUUGCCAUUUUGAUCUGACAUUCUGAAAUUAUCGUUUCGGCAAUUCGAGGACUCCUCAAUCGAGUGCUUACAACGAUGUAACAAAUACGACCCUGUAUAUGUCAUCGUAUUUAACGUGUUUCAUCGUAUUACCUUUGAUGUUUUCUGCAAUUCGACGUCCCUUCGAACACAACCCUUUAUACGAUUUGAAAUAGUUGAUGGUGUUUACGAUAUUAUAUCCUGCCUCGCUGAGAGUAAACCAUAAUUACAUGUACAUGUUCAGGUGUUUAUCGACUUCUUCUUCAUUUGGAAACAUAUACUCAUUCUUCCAUUUCAUAGCAAUUGUAUUUAGAUUGUAGAACCGAGGGAUUGGCGUAUAUUCAGCCAACAGUAGAACUCCGUAUCACUGUUCAAUGCUCCAAGUAUAUACUAUAGAGAAUAAAAUCAGGUUUUCAUAA